AUGUCGACGGACUCUGGCCGAACAGACACAUCUUCGAAAUCGUACGACACGCCAUUUGUGUGCUUGGAAAACGCUUACAAGACGUUGUGUUCAAGCACGCAGAGACAAAAGCGACGCAUUGUACCGAGUUUCAUGCUUGAGAAUGGUGUGGUCUCGUUGGAAUCGGGCAGUCAGUUGGCGCAGGUGUAUAAUUGCGAUGGAACACCGAAGACUUGA